GGUGCCGGGGCGCAGGCUGCAGUAGCUGAAGAUCGUUCCGAGUGCUGGGCUUUGUAGGCGGGGCAGGAGGGCAGAAAAGGGAGGGACUCCCCGGAAGCGAGCCAGCUAGCCCGAGACCAGACCGGUGGCCAGAGGAAGCCCCCACAGCAGGCCAGGAGGAGGGCGGCGGCGGCAGUAGCGACAGCAGCCGAUCCCGGCGGCAGCAGCGACCAGGCCAGACUAGGCCCAGCCCAGCCCCCGGCGGCCACGGUGCGCUCCCCGAAGGCCGGCCGAGCAGCGACGCCCGGCCCCUCGCAGGCCCCGGCAGCAGCAGGAGCAGCGGCGGCGGCUGCGGGGCCGUCGGGGCCCCCCGGGGGCCGCUCCCCCUCCCCCUUCCCGGGUCCUGCCGGCUUAGCCAUGGCGGCUAUCCGCAAAAAGCUGGUGGUGGUGGGCGACGGCGCGUGCGGCAAGACGUGCCUGCUGAUCGUGUUCAGCAAAGACGAGUUCCCCGAGGUGUACGUGCCCACGGUGUUCGAGAACUACGUGGCCGACAUCGAGGUGGACGGCAAGCAGGUGGAGCUGGCGCUCUGGGACACGGCCGGCCAGGAGGACUACGACCGGCUGCGGCCGCUCUCCUACCCCGACACGGACGUGAUCCUCAUGUGCUUCUCGGUGGACAGCCCGGACUCGCUGGAGAACAUCCCCGAGAAGUGGGUGCCCGAGGUCAAGCACUUCUGCCCCAACGUGCCCAUCAUCCUGGUGGCCAACAAGAAGGACCUGCGCAACGACGAGCACGUGCGCAACGAGCUGGCGCGCAUGAAGCAGGAGCCCGUGCGCACCGAGGACGGCCGCGCCAUGGCCGUGCGCAUCCAGGCCUACGACUACCUCGAGUGCUCGGCCAAGACCAAGGAGGGCGUGCGCGAGGUCUUCGAGACGGCCACCCGCGCCGCGCUCCAGAAGCGCUACGGCUCCCAGACGGGCUGCGCCAACUGCUGCAAGGUGCUCUGAGCCCCCUCCCCGCCCCUGCCCCCGUCCGCCCUGGACCUUCGGACUCACGGACCGCCCUGCGGGCACGGAGGGGGGGAGGGGUGCUCCCGCGGGGCCCGGGCCGGCCACUCUCCCGCAGAGCGCGCCCCGCCCCCGGCCCUGCUGCCGAGCUCGGCUCCUUCCCCCCAACCUCCUUUCUUUCCUGCUCCCCGGGGGCGGGGGCGGGCGGCGGUGCUCCGCGGGGAGAAAGAGGCUGCUUCUUGGCAGCCGGGGCUGUGAAAGGCCUGCCUGCCUGCCUGCCUGCCUUGGGAGGGGGCGGCGACACUGACUACGGCCUGGCUUAGCCCGCCGAGCCAAAGGCUUGGGGGGGGCGUCUGACCCAAGUGGACUCGGUGCCUGACCGGACACCCGCCCCGUUGGCUUCCUGGAUGGAGAAGGGGGGCUUCUUCCCGAGAGACAGCUGCCGAGCCGCCCCUUCACAAAGGCCUCCUUUCUCUCCUCCCGCCCCGGGUGCCGGCACCUCCUCCCGAAGACGCCGCACCGCGCACUGAUUUCUGGGGGGAGCGGGGGAGGGGGCACGCGGCCAGGCGGGGUCUCUGCUAUUUAAACCUUUUCGCCCGGCUCUCGCCCGGGAGACUGGACCGGGGCCUGGCGCCGCCCCUCCCCCGCGGUACUGACGGGGUUUCUAGUUCCUUUUUUAAAUAAACUGACCGUCCGUCGCCAGCGAUGACCACUUCCCUCAGUCAAGUUUACAUGCCGUGCACAAAGGGGUUUGUCCGACAUUAAACCAUUUCUGCCA